GCCAGCCUGCGCGCUCUCGCCUCCGUCACCGGGCCGGAGCGGGAGCCGGAGCCGUGCCGAGGCCAGAGCGGGAGGAAUGGAGCCUUCGCGCGCGCCCGCGCUGCGCCGCCUGCUGCCGCCACUGCUGCUCUUGCUGCUGCCACUGUACCCCCGCACCCGGGCCAAGUACGUGCGGGGCAACCUCAGCUCCAAAGAGGACUGGGUGUUCCUGACAAGAUUUUGUUUCCUCUCGGAUUAUGGCCGACUGGACUUCCGAUUCCGAUACCCUGAGGCCAAGUGCUGUCAGAACAUCCUCCUCUAUUUUGACGACCCAUCUCAGUGGCCAGCGGUGUACAAGGCAAGGGACAAGGACUGUUUGGCCAAGGAGUCGGUGAUCAGGCCAGAGAACAACCAGGUCAUCAAUCUCACCACCCAGUACGCCUGGUCGGGCUGUCAGGUGGUGUCAGAGGAGGGAACCCGCUACCUGAGCUGCUCCAGUGGCCGCAGCUUCCGCUCUGUGCGUGAACGAUGGUGGUAUAUUGCGCUCAGCAAGUGUGGGGGAGAUGGGCUACAGUUGGAAUAUGAGAUGGUUCUUACCAACGGCAAGUCUUUCUGGACACGGCAUUUCUCAGCUGAUGAAUUUGGGAUCCUGGAGACAGAUGUGACCUUUCUCCUCAUCUUCACCCUCAUCUUUGUCCUCUCUUGUUACUUUGGAUACUUGCUGAAAGGCCGUCAGCUACUCCACACAACUUACAAAAUGUUCAUGGCUGCAGCAGGAGUGGAGGUCCUGAGCCUCCUGUUUUUCUGCAUCUACUGGGGCCAGUACGCCACAGACGGCAUCGGGAAUGACAGCGUAAAGAUCUUGGCCAAGCUACUCUUCUCCUCCAGCUUCCUCAUCUUCCUGCUCACACUCAUCCUCCUCGGGAAGGGAUUCACGGUUACACGAGGCCGCAUCAGCCACUCAGGCUCCGUGAAGUUGUCUGUGUACAUGACCCUGUACACCCUCACCCACGUGGUGUUGCUCAUCUACGAGGCAGAAUUCUUUGACCCAGGCCAGGUACUAUACACAUACGAGUCUCCGGCUGGUUAUGGACUCAUCGGGCUGCAGGUGGCGGCCUAUGUGUGGUUCUGCUAUGCAGUGCUGGUCUCCCUGCGGCACUAUCCGGAGAAACAGCCCUUUUAUGUGCCCUUCUUUGCUGCCUAUACCCUCUGGUUCUUUGCUGUCCCUGUCAUGGCCCUGAUCGCCAAUUUUGGGAUCCCGAAGUGGGCCCGAGAGAAGAUCGUCAAUGGUAUCCAGCUGGGGAUCCACCUGUAUGCGCAUGGCGUGUUUCUGAUCAUGACCCGCCCAUCGGCGGCCAACAAGAACUUUCCAUACCACGUGCGAACUUCGCAGAUCGCCUCCGCUGGGGUCCCUGCGCCCGGAGGGAGCCAAUCCGCAGAUAAGGCCUUCCCGCAGCACGUCUAUGGAAACGUGACGUUCAUCAGCGACUCGGUGCCCAACUUCACGGAGCUCUUCUCCAUCCCCCCGCCCACCUCCUCUGUAAGCCCCGCAGCCCCGGCGCCCGAGGAGCUGCUGGCGCCGCCCCUGGAGUACCUGACCCCGCUCCCCGCCCCGCCGCCACCCCCUGCGCAUUGGCGUCUAAGCCCACCCCUGGCCUUCCGUACUCCCGGUGCCCCAAUUCCCCGCCUAGACCGUCCCCCAGCGCCCGCGCCCACCCUGCCAGACUGGGUCCUGGCGCUGUUGCGCACGCCCCCGAGGACACCCCGCGCCGUGCUCCCGCCGCCUGCCUUCCGAGGCUGGUCCCCAUCUCCCCCACCGCCUCCAGAGUUUGCCAGGCGCACCCCGACGCCACCCCUUGAGUACCUGGCCCCGCUGCCCAGGCGCCCAGUCACCCACUCCUUCCCUGACUGACACGUGCGUCCAUAUCUGGGGUGGUGGGAGUCCUCUAGGGGGAGGGGGACGGGCCUUCGGGGCCGCAUUUGCUCCCCGAGGGUUCUGGGCAGCCUCUGACCCUGACCCCCCAUCCCAGGCCGGGAAGCAGGUGGAGGAGACAGCGGUGGCGGCGGCAGUGCCCCCAAGGGGUCGUGUGGUGACCAUGGCCGAGCCGGGCGCAGCCUCCCCACCCCCACCCGCUCGGUUCCCCAAGGCGGUCGACUCGGGCUGGGAUGGCCCGACGCCGUCCUACCAGCCGCUUGUGCCCCAGACGGCGGCGCCGCACACCGGCUUCACCGAAUACUUCAGCAUGCACACAGCCGGGGGCCCUGCACCCCCGGUCUGAGCAUCCCUUUCCCGCCUCUGCCCCACAGGCGGCGCACCGGGCCCCGGCUGGGCUCCGGAACCCCUUCUCUCUCCUGGCCCAAGGGCUCGGCCUUGCCAGGCACCCCCACCCCACACACACACCCCGCGCCCACGUUGGGUGCGCUGCGUCCUGCCCCUUUCCCUCUUGUGCCAAACGGUCCCGCGGGAGCCGUUCUCCGCGUCCCCUCCCUCAGCCCCUGCCCCGAACGGCUCCGGAAUCUGGACUCCCGCUGUUCCGUGAUCUCCGCCCCCCUGACCCCCUCCGAGACCUCUGACCCUGCUGGACUCCGGAACAUCCGUGACGACCGCCUGGACCCUGCCUGUGACCCUCCAGGACCCUGCGACCCUCGAGCCACUGUUCAGGGACGGAUAUUGUGAAGUUGGUCUCUACUUUGAAACCCUCUCUGGGGUUUGUGACCUCGGACCUGUGCUUUGUCCGUCCAUCUGCAUGCCAAGGACCUUCACAUGGUCUCUGGCAGAAAGACGUUUUCUCUUCUUGCCAAAAUAAAGAGGAUUCGUUGAGUUUUUAAUCUAUAA